CCCUAGGUUAGGGUGUCGGGCAAUCCCCAAAACAUAUGUUUUACACCGCUGGCCUACAACCGCAUCCCCAUAUCCCGCUGCACCACCAGUCCACCACCUAUUCCACCUCCGGCCGCGGAUACGCCACGGCCAUCCACCUCUUGAGCUCCGGCUCACCCAGUUGGACUUCUCCGGCACCACUGCAGCUCCUCCCUUCGAAUCGCCGUCACGCCCACUUGCAGCACGCGAGCGGAUUGCUGAGCCAACACCGGAAGGAGCCUCGGUAUUGAGAUGUCUGCACCGGUGGUCAGCGCCACCAUGGGGGCGAUGAACCCCCUCAUCGGCAAGCUCGCCGCACUGAUGGGUGACGAGUACAAGAAGCUCACAGGGGUGAGGAGACAGGCCUCAUUCCUCAAGGAUGAGCUCAGCACCAUGAAAGCCCUCCUUGAGAAGCUUGAGCUUAUGGACGAACUGGAUCCCUUGGCCAAGAACUGGAGGGAUCAUGUGAGGGAGAUGUCCUACGACAUGGAGAAUUGCAUUGAUGACUUCAUGCGAGACCUUGGAGGUGUCGAUGCCAAAACAGACUUUAUCAAGAAGACGGUUAAACGUCUCAAGACGUUGCGGAAGCGUCAUCGUAUUGCUGAUUGGAUGGAAGAGCUCAAGGCCAUUGCUUUGCAAGCAAAUGAACGACGUAUGAGGUACAAGAUUUAUGAUUGUGCCAAUUCUACCACUGAUGUCGUUCCCAUCGAUACUCGGAUGUUGGCGAUCUACAAGCAGGCAGCCGGGCUUGUGGGAAUUGAUGGCCCAAAGAAAAAGCUUGUGAGUUGGUUGACAGAUACUCAGAAAAAAGUCAAGGUGGUGGCUAUUGUUGGAUUUGGAGGUCUCGAUAAAACUACACUUGCCAAACAAGUAUAUGAUACGAUCGGAGGGCAAUUCAGCUGUACAAUAUUUUUAUCAGUUUCUCAAAGACCUGAUAUGUCAAGCCUCCUCGGUGGUCUCCUAUCGAAGCUUGAGAUGAAAGAGAAGUUAACUCACGCUCACGAUGUGCAAGACAUCGUUGGUCGUCUUAGAGAAUAUCUCACACAUAAGAGCUACUUAUUUUUGUUCUGAGUUGACACUGUGCACUUGAGUAGUUAUAGAGGUUCAGAGGAGUGUUUCUUUUUUUCUAGAAAAGGAGGAUAUACCUCUGGCCUUGCAUCUGGACAAUGCAUGCAGCCAUUUUAUUAAUUA